CUACAAGUGCCCUGAUCAGAAUGCCUAGGCUUCUGCAUUAUCCUGAUAGCGUCUAGGUGGAAGAACUGAACGCCUUGAACGAUGCAUGGUAGUCAGAGAAAGGAGAAAAACUGAGCAGCACAGAGAAAGAAACACUUCACAGCCUGGAUCGGAUGGAGAAGAGGAAGUUGGGAGGGGAACCUCAACUUUUACAAGAUUCAGAAAAUGCUGAGGAUAAUCACAGUAUGAAGCUAACAAUGCCCCCACAAUCACCAACUGUGGAGAUUGGUGAGACCACUCACCCUACAGAACAUUCAGAGAAGCUAAAGGAGACAAUGGCAGCAAGUCCUACAGAACCUCCUAUUCACGUGAUAGAAACCACCUACCAUAAAGAACCUCUCAGAAAUGAGAAGACAACUGCACAUGCUACUCAAAGCACUACAGAGAUGAAGACCACCCACCAAACUAAAAGUCCAACAGAGUCAUCAGUACUUAAGAAAGAGGUAAAUGAUGAAUUAUUUCUACCAUCAACUCUAUCCGCACCAGAUGAUCCACCCCCAAAAAAAGAGGUGGAGCAAAACCCAAAUCCACAAAUAAUAAGCACUGGCCGAGGAGAUUCAGAAUCUUCAGUGAACAUACAGCCUGCUCAUUUGAAGGUGAUAGAUGGAACAACCAGAGCAACUGAUUCUCAUGCAGCAAUGGAAAAGGUUAAUAAUGAAUUAUUUCUACCAGCAACACCAUUCGCACCAUAUGAUCGAUACCCCCAAAAAGAGGUGGAGCAAAACUCAACUCCACAAAUACGAAAUGCAAGCAGAGAAGAUUCAGAAUCUCCAGUGAACACACAGCCCUUUCAUUUUGAGGUGAUAGAAGGAACAACUAGAGAAACUGAGAGUCCUGCAGCAAUGGAAAAGCAGAAACCCUCAGCCUGUGGCUGCCUUGCUGUUUCUGGGCCUCCUGGGUUAAAAGGGGAAAGUGGAUACCCUGGACCACCCGGACUUCCAGGCAUCCCAGGACGAAUUGGGGAAAGGGGUUUAACAGGCCAACCAGGGCCUCUAGGUCCCCAAGGGCCACCUGGACCUCCAGGAAUACCAGGCUAUUCUAUAACCACAGGUUUAGAUGUGGUGGAAGAUGAUAAGUUUGUUUCAGAACGAACUGGUCUUCCUGGUCCUGAGGGACCACGAGGACCUCCGGGUCUCCCAGGCUAUCCAGGAUCAGAAGGACCUGAAGGUCCCCAGGGCCCUCCGGGCCUACCAGGACUCCCAGGACCUCCAGGACAUCCGGGGACCACAGGCUUUGUGGGGGCAAAAGGAGAGAUAGGUCCAGAAGGCCUCCCAGGGCCACGUGGUCCUAUAGGAGUAAUGGGACCACAAGGAUUUGAAGGCCCACAAGGGCCAGAAGGCCUUAGAGGUUCAGAAGGACCACCAGGACCUCAGGGACCCCCUGGAAUAAUAGGUCCUCAAGGACUACCUGGACCAGAGGGACGAUCUGGCAUGGAUGGAAUGCCUGGUUUCCCAGGGGCAGAUGGGUCUCAAGGGCUGACGGGCCCUGAAGGUCCAGAAGGAGUUCAAGGACCCCAAGGAAUCCAGGGUCCAAAGGGAGAAAAAGGUGACAUGGGACCCCUGGGAAACCCAGGAAUCCGUGGCAUGCCUGGGGAGAAAGGAGACAUGGGUCCUGCGGGGCCACCUGGUCCACUAGGAGAGUGUGCAUGCAGCAAGGGAGAGAAGGGAGACUCAGGAGAGGGAUGUUCCAGUUGCCAUGGAGACAAGGGGAAGGUGGUUGUUGGCACGCAAGGUCCUGCAGGCCCCCCAGGCCCCCCUGGACCACCAGGACCACCGGGACCAAGAGCUAUUUCAGAAACCUAUGACCCAGAAAAGAACCAAGAGGGCAGAAGAACAGAGAUGUAUGGUUCCAUUGUCUACUCCGGCCUUCCUGGAAGUCCUGGGUCGCCUGGCCCUCCAGGGCCCCCUGGUCCUCCAGGGGUAGUUUAUGUCAAUAAAGUGUUUCCUGUCCCACCACGGCCGCACUGCAAGCAGCCACUUACAGGAGACUCGCAGAACACCGUUAACACAGAUUCCUCAGCAGCCUCUGGUGAUACCCACCGAUAUAUACAGGUUCAGAGUUGGAUAUUUCAGACCAAGGAUGAAAUGCUCCGUGCGGGGGAGGAGGUUCCUGAGGGCAGUUUGGCUUAUGUGAAAGACAGAAGCAAUGGCUUUUUCAGAACCAGCAUAGGAUGGAGCAAAAUCUUGAUGGAAGAUUCUAAUUCGCUACUUCCCGCUGAUGACCCAUUCGUAUCAGAGGACUACACAGAAGAAGAGUCUCAAUAUCCUGGAGAUAUUAAAACAGUACCACCAAGUGUAAAUGCCAGGAUACCUUCGCUCCGUUUGGUGGCUCUCAAUGUCCCUCUCUCUGGAGAUAUGAGUGGGAUCCGGGGUGCAGAUCUUCAGUGCCACCGUCAAGCUCAGGAAAUGUCACUUUAUGGGACAUUUAGAGCUGUGCUGUCCUCCUCCACCCAAUCAUUGUCCUCAAUAGUAAAAAGAACAGACAGAGGUCUUCCAAUAAUAAACAUAAGGGGCGACAUUAUUAUGAGCAGCUGGAAUUCAUUCCUGGAUAUUACAUCUUCCACAUAUCACUAUGACACCCUAAUUUACUCCUUCAAUGGAAGAAACAUAAUGACAGACCCUCUUUGGCCUCAGAAGGCGUUUUGGCAUGGCUCUAGCAGAAUUGGAACCCCUGUACGUAAGAGAAAUUGUGGAGACUGGAGGAGUUACACUAAUAAAGAUGGUCUUGGAUCGGCCAUAAAUCAGGGCCUGCUCCUGGAUCCUGAGUCCUACAGCUGCAGCCAGUCACUAGCUGUUUUGUGCAUCGAAAUAGCUUUUCCCUAUCUGUAUAUGUGGUGAAAACAAGAUACUUGAAAGACUUGUCAUUGUACCAGCAGUGAUUAAGGGGUUUUGUUCCCCUCCUAAAAAGUUACUGAGAGGCCAAAACUUUAGUCAUGGGAGAAGAGCCAUUAAGUUCUCCACAGACAAAACGGUUUUAUUCCUUUGUAUUAAACUUUAGAUUUUUAUUAUUUUUUAGCUUUUGAAGAUAAAACAUACGUUAAAACUUCAGGUGACCACUCCUGAUGUUUAUAACAUAUUUUAUUUUAAACCACAAUAGAUAUAGAGGCCUAUUUAUCAAAGCGUCAACUGAAAAUACGCUGGAAUUGUUGUAAUUGUCGCAAGAUUGAUCCGCCAUAUAUUAUCAAAGCGUCAAGAUCGUCAAAUGUUGAAAUUUUUGACGUAACAUACGAUCCCGCGAUCUCAAUCCGACGCAGAUCGAUGCGAGUUGAAAACCCGUGGAAUUCAAGCUGAAUUGUGUUUAUUCACCUUCCUAUUCGACACUGUUUGAAGCUCUUACGAAGUUAUCAAAAAUUCAGCAGUUACGCUCGCGUCUUUUCUGAUGCAGCGUACCUACCCUUGAGGUCGCGGAUGCCAUAGAACUCAAUGGGAGUCGGAAAACACUGAAAUCUUAUGUUCGAUGCUGCAAGAGAAUGAAGCAUAUCACCUAAUAAAAGUCAAUUACAAACUAUUAAAUAUGUAUACCCUUCAAAAAUCAAACAGUAUUAUUGCUCCACAUUUGGUGCACUAGUAGAUAUAGGGAUACAAAUUAAAAAUACAUUACUACUGAUGAAUUAUGCUACAACUUUGUCUCUCAUUACAAAUCAAGGGGACAAUAUUAUUUCUACAUAUUUGGUGCAAAGUUUUGCUCCAAACUUGUCGCACUAAUAGAAAUACAUAAUAUAGCUAACUUCCUUUUUAUUUUUUUGAAAAAUCUAUGUGCACCAUGUUUAAGCCAUGUAAUACAAGUCCCACUCUCCACUUCGCGCCAUAUUUGACUCAACACUUUUCACACCAAUUAUGACGCAAACUCCUAAAUAACCCACACACUAGUGAAUUUUUCCACCACUUUUGAUUGGAAUAUGCAUAAUCACAUGAUUUAUGACAUUAGCCAAUCUGAUUCAAAUAUACAUUAUAAACUAUCACUAACAAAUCAAAUUGCUUGAUACUUCUGUCAUUGAUCACUCAUCAGAACUGCCAAAAAAAAAGAAAGUGCCAUUUGUUACAUUGUGUAUUAUACUUUGAAAGUAUGUGCCCAGCCACAUUAAGAAGUAAACAAAACUGCUUUUAAAAUGAGCGGGUAUGUGUAUUUAAAUUAUAUAGAUCAAGAGUUGCUCAAGACUUAGUUCUUAACCUAAUGCCGCCUAGACUUAGUUCUUAACCUAAGGCCGCCUCCUCUGCUAUUUUAUUGCCUACAGGCUCGCUACACACAGUAAACACAAGCACACACUGUGUAACUGUACAGGGCAGGCAAUAAAAUAUCAGAGGAGUAGGGCGGCAUUAGAUGAAGCCACGCCACACUGACUGUACAGUGUACACAGCUAGCCUAUAGAAAAUACACUGAGUCCUCUGACUCUGUCAGCGUGCAAAUGCUGUUGACUGCACUGCCCUGCCCUUCCCUUCCCUACCUGAGUUAAGCCGGUUCAGCCCCCUCCAGUCCUCAGGCUCCUCUCCACUGAUCAUCACAUCCAAAAGUUAUCGGGGCUUGCUAGACAGGAAGGCGGACUGGCGGUCAGCUUGUCAAAAACGUCACGUGACAUGGCAAAAAGACGGUCACGUGACAACCGCGCUGUCAAAAUUUGAAUUUUUUUGUUCUUAAAUCCUCGGCACAUAUUUAGUGCAACAAAGAAGUGCCGCCCCCCAAAAUCUGUCGCUCUAGGCACCGGCCUCAUUGGCCUAUGCAUUAAUACGCCCCUGACACACACACACACACACACACACAUAUAUAUAUAUGUGUGUGUGUGUGUAUAUACAUACUAAAAUAUGUAUGUCCAAUCUUAAAAAGAAUUCUAAUAAUUCACUCUCCACUUUGCACCAAAUAUGUCGCUACUUGCUAUAUUCGCAAUUAGUCCUGCUCAGAAAAAGAAUACAUUUACACUAUAUACAAUAAUUUGCUAAAGAGAAAUGUGCUUGUUCGUGGACAGUAUUGAAAUGGUAUAAAUAAAGUUGGGAAAAGCACAAAUAGCUGCAACAUCGAUGACUGUUAGUUAACACCAGUCCGAUGCUCUUCGCACCGUACAUGACGCGCGUGUUUUUGAUGGCUUUUUUGAUAAAUAAGGAGAUCGUAUUCAGAUCCGCAGCUGCAAUGUUUGGCGAGCGUAUUGACGCCCGCGAAUGCAACAUAGUUGACGCUUUGAUAAAUAGGCCUCAUAAAGUGUUAUGGUAUUCUUUUACGCAUGUGCAUCAGUAUGAUAUAAGACAUUUUAUAAAUUAAUAAACAUAAAAUUCAUUGUA